AAGAUAUGAGACUCCGCGUCCUUCGAAAAUGUUUGCAUUUACUGGUCUGCCUUUAUGGUUGUCUUCAUACUUCGCAAGGUACUGUAAAGUUUAUUUUCUGCGAUAAUUUUAACUUUCGUUCGUUAUUUGUGAUGGUAAUAGCGUUUAGCAGAGCUAUGUCAGUGGCAGUUUCUAAAAACUUCUUGGACCUUUUAUUUCAAAGGUCUCAAUCGAGAUUCCUCAGAGGGCGUGUUGUUGAUGAUGAUGGUAGAAGAAAAAGAUUCUUACUUGGAUAUCACAGAGAUCAGUUCAGCCCAAGUUGAAGACGGUGACGAAUGUGGAUUUGCCUGUGCAGCCAACCCAAAGUGUUUUUCGUACAACUUGGAGGCCGUGACCGGAACACUCCUGUGUAAACUGCUUCCAUCAGACAAGUACAACAAUUCGGGCAAUUUUACCGAAAAGCGUGGUUUUCAUCAUUACAGUAUUUGGGUAAGUAAUCUGGUUCAGUAUUAUCUAAAAUUUUGCGUGCUGUAGGAGGAAAGCCCCAAAGGAAAAUACAUUUUUAAUUAAAUCGAACAGGUGUUAUAGAAAAAGUGCCUUAUUGCGAAAUCAUACACGCCUAAAUUAAUAUCUUAAGAAUCCUUUCCAUAGAAAUAAAUUAUCCAUUAAUUUUAAUGAAGGAAGAAAAUUAUUUCAACUUACAUGGUUGAAUAAUUUCGAUUCAUAUCCUUUGCUUGCUUAUCACGACUUCGUUCCCCUUAUAAUCGCCGUGUUUAAAAGCUUGGGUCAGGCUACUGACCAAAAUAAAUUUUUAGUAAAUACGAUAGUGCUUAAUUUGUUCUGCCGGAGAUAAAUGAAAACGACGAUGAAAAUUCGAUGUCGGUGUUUAGGCGCAAAUCUAACUGCUCUUGGCUGUCUUCAAAUAUAGUUGGCAAGUAGAACAGGAACUCUAAAACUAUUUUCUGACCCGAAUACUUAGGUCUCGCCAAAAUGAUGAUUUUUAAGAUAUUAUUUUAGGCGUGUAUGAUUUCGCAAUACGGGACGUUUUCUAUAACACCUGUUCGAUUUAAUUAAAAUCCUUCGUUGAUCGUUAACAUGACAAAGAGUUCAUUUUUCUGGAGAAUGAUAGCGAAGGGGAGGGAAGGGGAAGGUUCAGGUCUCUUUCUUCUAAACAGUACAAAGACUGCAGCUGGACCUUCGAUUGAAGGCAGGUUCUUCUUUUCAUAGGUAAUCCCACCAUUUGCGGAACUACAUAGCCUGAGUUUCAUGCGUUGGCUUGACUUUGUUUAUGGUUACGUUUGUUCGCUUAGCUAAGUCACUAGUUAAGAGCGCUGGUCUUUUACGUGUUACCUACUCAUUGUUUUUCCCAUGUUUCCUUUGUAGACACCAUGCGCCAAUGGGCCUUGCCAAAAUGGCGGGACAUGUGUGCCACAGUACAAUACCAAGAGCUAUGUAUGUGUUUGCGCCAUCGGAUUUACGGGAAAAGAUUGCCAAACAAGUGAGUCUACCGCAAAGGAAUCAGUACUCAGUCGAAAUUGACUUUUCCUCUUAUAUUUACUUUAGUUUAAACGAAACCCAACGGCUUAAGCAUUUCGUUGAAAAAUAGAAAGGAAGAGCCUGUUAGGACGCAGUUUUUUCGACUCUGACCUCCAUAAAGGUUACAAUAUUUUGACAUCUAGACAGUUAAGUGUGUCGAUCAGCUUCAUCUUUAUUCUAUCUUUAGUUUUCGAAAAAUUUUCAAUAAAUGCCAACGUUCAAAUUACUGGAGACCACGUCUGCGCGUGAUCGUCAAUAUUUUACUAAUCCUUUCCAAGAUGACAGGUUCUUCAUUUCGAACAACAAAAAAAUUAUGUGUUCGUUGCCGAACACCCUACAUUUAAAAAACCAUUGCGUCCUCACAGCGGUUCUCGUUCUAGACCACUGAUCAGAGACUCCGUGCACUCUCGAGGGCUGCGUAACUCUUCCUAACGACAAGAAUAGAUUUCCCAAUUCUUAUAGGGACCACAAGAGCUGCAGAAGAGCUAUUUUGUAACAGGUUUAAUGCCUUUAUACCUUUUCUACAGACAUCAACGACUGCAAGGAUGAUCCAUGUCUGCAUAGUGGAACCUGCAUUGAUCGACUCAAUAGUUUCGACUGCGGUUGUCCGCCUGGAUUUCUUGGUCCUCGAUGUGAAAAUGUAUCUGGUAAGGCUUACGCAACCAUUUAAUAGAUACAAGGGUAAUGCUAUGGGACAGCUGCAGCGGCUUUGUGUUUUGACCUAUAUAAGAAACGUUACAAAUAUAGCGUUAUUACGAAUUUAGUCAGAAUCGAAAAUUGAUACAACGUUCUAAAUUAUCCUGCACCUAUGGUCAGUCAGCCAGUUAUACAAGGAUAUUUGUUAAUUUUGUUAGUGUUUUCCAGUUCCAUAAUUUUAUUACAAAUUAACUAUAAAUUAAAAAUUAUCAUUUAAAAUGAUCAUCACCCUCAAAUUGUGUUUGCUUUGGUUUGUCUGUUAGCUUUCACAAUAUUUCGGGAUACGUGAAAUUUGCAAUCUGCAAACCGCCAUUACAAAUCAUAAUUGAUGAAAAACUCUAUUUGUGUCAGAAUGACUUUCAUAAUCUUCACAAUAUGACAUCGUUGCUUUAUUUUACAGGUCUGUCCAUCAACUCUACAAUUUUGUCAAACAUCGGGAGCUUUCUCGGCAACCUUUCACAUUUCCUAGCACCCGCCGUGGGAAAUACUUCACGAUGGCUGCUAUGCCACCGCGCCUCCACGCACGGCUGGGCUGUAAAAACCUUUCACGACAGGUGCGACUUUAAACUAAACACCCUGACCAUCAUCAAAAAUGGCCAGUAUUUGUUUGGAGGAUACACUGAUAUUGCUUGGGGUAAAUAGACUUUCAUUGAACUUCGAAUUCAUUAUUCCUUGAAAGGCUAAACUACGCAAAUAAACCAGUCUCUGAUAUUUCCAUUGUGCAGUGUUCUUGUCAGCGGCCCUUUAACCACUUCCUUAGCUUACUCAAACAAGGCAGUAGUUUAAAUUGUACCUACCCUUUUGUUCUUUAGAUUCUUCUAGUUCUUCUGGCAACACUCCCAAUGCGUUCAUAUUUUCUCUACGGAACAAAGAAGAAUUGCAUCCAUUUAAGAGCAUGAUCAAAGAAGCACACUUGAAAUAUGCAAUUUACAAGCAUCUGGCGUAUGGUCCAACAUUUGGACUUGGCUGGGACAUUUACAUUUCGAAUAAUUCUAACAGCAACAAUGAGUCAUACACCUAUCUUAGCCACUACGAGACACCAAAAGGAGCAAAUAAGCCGACCACAAUCUUGUCUGGUACAAAGUACUUUUCACCUGAUGACUGGGAGGUGUUUUAUCUUGGUUAAAAUACCUGUUCAUCAACAACCUUGCCAUUAAAAACUCUUUACUUGGCCUGUGAUUCACUAGAUAGUUUCAGAUAUCUGAUAGUUUUAGCAGCACAUAUAUAUAUUUACUAUCCUAGAGCAUCUACGUUGAUUGCUUCCAUUUAACUGCACUGAAAAGCUUAAGGCACUCCUUGUAGAUGAAAUCCAACAUGCAAAGGGAUGGAUUAAAAUAUACCUUAGAAAUUUGAUAAUAUAAAUAGGAAUGACAAUGAUAAUAAUUACAAUAACAAUAGUAAUUAUCACGAUAGUAAUACUAUAUGUACUGAUAACAA